AUGGAUGCACUCGAUUCACGAUCGUCCUUCGUGCUGGCUGGUGCAGAAUGCGACUGGAACCAAAACCUGUCCCACCUCACGACCGGAUUCAUCAAGAACUCGCCAUCCCAGAACUUCGUCCAGGCCGACGAAGCCACCCCCACGGUGUGGCAGGGAUUCGUCAACUCGAACUUCCCCCUGUUCCCCGAGGACAUCCUCAUCACCUACGGUGCGGUGUUUGGCGGUCUGGUCCGGCGGCGGUUCAACGCGGACUUGGUCGCAGCUUGGGAUAUCAUGUACCAGGGGCUUGUCCCUGUGACGCUUUACGUGAACCACUGCAACGUCAUGGUCGGAUAUGACUAUUUUUCGCCCGGAUUGCGGACCAGGGUUGUCACCGAGUACUUCAACGUUGAGGUCUAA